GGGCCACACCUCCGUUCAAAUACAGUGACGCUGCAAGACAAGAGCAUAAGACUUAAUCUCUCAGGACAGAGCAGAACUGUAAGGAACAGACCAAAGGAGCAAAAUACAGUAACUGAAGAGGAUACAGGAUAUUUAAGCGUUCAUGGCAGAGAUUUACAGCGGUGGCCAGCUUCAAAACUUCCUUGAUGGCUAUGACGUCCACAGGAGCAAUUGGAUGCGCUAUGUCAACCCAGCCCGUUCUAUGGCUGAACAGAACCUGGUGGCUUGCCAGAACGGCCGAGACAUCUACUUCUACACCAUCCGGCCUGUGGAGCCCAAACAGGAGCUGCUGGUCUGGUACAGCCAGGAGUUCGCCCAGAGGCUCUGCAGCCAACAGGAUGACAUCAAACAGAAAUACAGUGCUGAUGAAGACCCAGAGUACACCAAGCACCUACUUCAGCAAACAUGGCUUAAAGAAAGGACAAAGGAAGAGGUGAAAGAAGAGAGGGAUGAAGAAGGAGAGGAGAAGAUCGACGUGGAGAUGUUGGAGAGGGACACACCGCCUGACACGCCUGACGAGCAGAUUAUGGACUUCAGCAAAAAGGUUGAGGAGGAGGAGAGAAGCGACAGGGAUCCAAAGGAGCGAGGGAUCAUUCCCUCCCCUCAGCCUGAACACAGAGUGCCCAACCUCAGCUUAGGUCACCCGUACUUGCCGGAUCACCACCCCGCACUCCCAACUCCACACAGAAAUCUCCCACUUCAUCUCCACGGCCUCUACGGGCACAGGGAGGGGCUGGUGUCAUCUUAUCCGCUUUACCCCCAGUCCAGACCGCUCCAGCCCCCUUACCAGCUUCUCCCCCCCUACAGUCCACACUAUCCUCGCCUCCUCCUCCCCUCCUAUUCCCCUCCCUUUCCUGGGAUGCUUCCCUCAAGAGGAUCCCUCCGAUACAGCAACUAUCUGGGCACAGAUGGACUCCCGUACCCUCCUAUCAGCUCACCCAGUCUCCUUCCAGUGUCCCUCCCUUACCCUCCAUCUCCACAGGGAGGUCUGAAGGAACUAACACCAAACGUGUCCCCACCACGAGGUGCCCCAGCCACCCCAGAGCUCUCCCCUCUCCCUAAGCCCAGCAGCCAGCAUCAGCCCCCUGAGCAGGCUCCCUCUGGCUGCGAGGAGGCCAUGAACCUAAGCCUGACUGCAACCAAAAGCAACACAGCACCACGCAACGGGCCUGGCCACAAAUCCCUGCCCUACCCACUGAAGAAGCAGAAUGGAAAGAUCAAGUACGAAUGUAACAUCUGCUCAAAGACUUUUGGACAGCUGUCAAAUCUCAAGGUCCAUCUCCGAGUGCACAGUGGUGAGAGACCAUUCCAGUGUAACUUAUGUAAAAAGAGCUUCACUCAGCUGGCCCACCUCCAGAAACACCACCUGGUCCACACGGGGGAGAAACCACAUGAAUGUCAGGUAUGUCACAAGCGCUUUAGCAGCACCAGCAACUUGAAGACACACCUGCGACUCCACUCUGGGGAAAAACCUUACCAGUGCAAGCUGUGCAGCACCAAGUUCACCCAAUACAUCCACCUCAAACUGCACCGCCGCCUCCACAGCAGCCGCGACCGCCCUUACCACUGCCAGCUCUGCUCCCAAGCCUUCUUCCACCGCUUCUCGCUGCGCAUCCACCAGCGCAGCUGCUGUCUAGCUAAUUCCAACACCCCUGUCAACGUGCACAUGAAAGAGAUGGUGGAGCGGUUUGACGCAAGCCAGGAGGCCGACACGCUCACAGAAACGGCAUCUGCACCGCAGGUAGAGGAAGCCGUCGAGCAUUGGUUGGCUCGUACCUUGGAGGGCGAGGGGAAGGAGGAUCAGAAGGAGGCCACCAUACUCCUGAAAGCUCUGACAGCGGCUAUUAAUGCACCUGCAAUGCCCAUGGCCCAAUCAGUUGUACCUGCAUCACAUCAGAGUCCUCCACUGGCCUAUCAGGAGAGGGCCAGUGUUGUUCAUCUCCACAAACGGCCAACAGUGAAGACAGAAGGACAAUGAGAAGGAACCCCAAGAGCAGAAAAUAUAAAGAUGGACAUACAGCAUAUCAUCAACAAAGAAAACUGAUGUCGCCAAAUAAAACUCCCUGUCCCUCAUGGAGAAAACAGGGAAUAUGUACUUUCAUAAUCCACUGAGCACAACACCAAAAGAAGAGCAUUCCAAAGACUGGGCGAGGGUAUUCAGUGAUUGUACUUCCUCCCAAAAUUCAGUUUAGAAAAUUAGAAGAGGGAGGCAUAAGCUGUGAAAUAUUUAAAACUCUUUUCACUCAGGUAGAGAAAUGUUUGCUUUCUGUGCUUUAACUUAUUCCUUUUUUUAUUUGAGUCAUUUAUAUUUAUUUAGUUUGAACAUAGUUUGUUUUUACUGUUAGUGUUUUUUUCUAUGUUGACAUUUCCAAGGAGAUUUGAUCUCUUAGGAAAACCACACAUGGACUCAGGAACAAUGACAUGGGAUAAACCUGUCUUCACUUGUUAUAUUGUGUAUUGUUUUAUUUUGUGUGAGGGUGUGUUUGAGCCUCUGGAUGCAUGCAUGCAAUGAGUGGAAGUAAAUGUGAAAGACAGGGCACAAUGAUGGCACAAACCACGUUCCUGCUCCUCAACUUAUUUAUUUAUGAAUCAAAAGGGAAAAAAAAUCAGGUAUUUUGAAACUGUGUUGAUAAGCAAUUGCCAAAAUUACAAUCAAAGAACAGAAUGUAGCACAUUUUUUGAGGGAAAGAAGGAAAGAGAUUCAGACAAAGCAUUAUUUACAUCACUUCUUGGUUAUCCAGCAACUCACAGUCAAUUUUGACACCACCAAAAGAAAUAAAAUACUACAGAUUUGAUGUGAUCACAAUAAAAUAUGUACAUAAUAUCCUCUGAAAAAUGGCUUUUAUCCUCUCAAACUUUAUUCUAAGUCACUACGUGUGUUGCAAUGUAGCCUUUUGCCAGAUUCAAAUGUUUCACAUAUUUCUUACAUACAAAGCUUUACUGUAAAUGUUUAAGCUGAGCUUCAUCCAACUUUUAAUUCAGACAUUGGUACCUCAUGUUAAGUACUGGACGACAAAAACAAGCAAAAAAGGAGCACAUUUUCUAACAUUGUUGAUAUUUUUUGUUAUUUAGCACUGAGAUAAAAAUGCAAGUAGACCUUUGUGCUUUUGGUGUUACCUAAAACCAGAAGGCCAGAGCUGUACUGAGUCAAUAAUGUCUUUUAUCGUUCUUUAGUUCCUCUUUUGUACAAUAUGUUUCUCUAUGUAGUUUAUUUUUCAAAACAGGUUAUGAGAUAUUAAGAAUGUAUAUGUGAGAGACUAUUUUGAUGAUACUUUUAUAUUUACAUGAUGUAGCAUAUUAAAGAUAUUGUUUUCUUUA